CCCUGCAGCUAUAUCCGUGCCCUAAAACCCACAAUUGGAAAGAAAGCAAUUUGCUCUCUGCUUCUGUAAAACCCUAAGCGUCUGUACAUCUUCGUCGACGACAAUGAAGCUAGUGAGAUUCCUAAUGAAGUUAAAUAAUGAGACGGUCUCCAUGGAGCUCAAGAACGGCACCGUUGUUCAUGGAACUAUUACAGGUGUGGAUGUCAGCAUGAACACACACUUGAAAGCUGUCAAAAUUACGCUAAAAGGAAAGAAUCCAGUGACAUUGGAUCACCUGAGUGUGAGGGGUAACAACAUCCGCUAUUAUAUCCUUCCUGACAGCUUGAAUCUUGAGACACUGCUGGUGGAAGAAACACCUAGGGUCAAGCCUAAGAAGCCAACUGCCGGAAAACCUUUGGGGCGUGGGCGCGGACGUGGGCGUGGACGUGGGCGUGGUCGAGGCCGCUAAAUGCGUUCUAGCUCUUCUAAUUUUUUGAUGUUGUCUAUGUAAACAUGCCUGUACGGAUGAAGAUAUUUACUCAGUUUUCUACCGCAAGUAUAUUAGUGUCAUGCAACAAGUAGUCUCUGAGCGCUUAACAUGAGAUUUAGAGGUGUUAUUCUAAUGCAAAUGUGGUAGUUACUUGUGGCUCUUUCUACUG